AUGGCUGAAAUUCUUGCAAUUGGGCCAGCUAUCAUAGCCGUCGUCCAGAUCGCCGACCGUAUCGUUAGCUUAUGCAAGCAUUAUAUACAGACUGUACAAGACGCCCCAUCCGAUCUCAAGAUAAUAUUCGUGGAAAUAUCGGCAUUGAAGACGAUUCUGGCAGACCUGGAAUUCCUCAAGUCGUGUGAUAACGAGCCUGAAAGUUCGAAAGAUAGUCACUCUCGCGUGGAUCAACCCGUCAAAGAAUGCCUUCGACUUGUCAAGGAACUGGAACAGCUGUUCCCUUCUGGGGCAGUCCAAACACUAGAUCAGGGAUCUAAGAAACGUAAAUUGAAAGCAAGGCUGACGGAAUUGGCUUGGCCGCUGAAAGAAACUAAAGCGAGGAGGUUGCUUGAGGGCAUACGGCCUUUGAAAGAGACUCUCAAUCUCGAGCUGACCUCUCAAUCACGGCAAGACAUCAGAGAGAUCAAAGCAGAGGUUUUGAAGGCAAAUGAGAUUCUCAUAGAGACGCAACGCAGUGACGUUUUCAGAUGGCUGCGGCACACCGACACCUCGCCCCUUUUCUACAAAGCCACGCAAGAUUACGAGCCUGGGACUGGUGACUGGGUCCUUCGAUUACCUGAGUGGCAAGAUUGGGUUACAUUGAAGACACGCUGUUUAUGGAUCCACGGUAUCCCAGGCGCCGGGAAAACAUUUUUAAUGGCUCAUCUCAUUGAGGUUUUAAAAGAGCGCAUGGAGGCUCAAAAGAUGACUGGAUGUGUCUGCGUGUAUUAUUUCUGCUUCUACGGUCACAAUCAGGAUGAAACGAUACCGUUUUUGAAAUGUCUCCUCGAGUGUCUGUGCCGAAGCAGCAACACGAUUCCAGCUGAGGUGCUCAGAUACCACAGAGAUGGAGUCGAACUUAAUCUUGCAAGUCUGUUGGGUGCGCUGAAAGCGCUUCUUCGGGAAUUCACGACCGUGUAUGUGUUCAUCGAUGCUCUUGACGAAAGUAAAGGGGAGGAAAACCUACUUUCAGUCCUACAAGACCUCAUGGCCAGCGAAGGACCCAAGAACAUUCAGAUUCUCGCGUCGAGUCGAGAGUAUUCUUAUAUCCAGAGAGUCAUGGAAGAGAUUUCAGUACCGUUGUCAAUGGAUAACGAUUUCGUUAGUGCUGAUAUCAGAGUCUACGUUCGGUCAUACGUGCAUUCGAGUGGGAGAUUUGCCCGAUUUACACCAGACCUGUUAGACGAGAUAGAAGAUGCGGUAUCGAAAGGUGCCAGAGGGAUGUUUCGAUGGGCGGUUUGCCAGCUAGAUAUCGUCCGACGGUUGAAAUGUGAACGAGAGAACAUUCAAAAUGCUCUCAAGAAUCUUCCGGAAACGCUCCAUGAGACAUACGACCGAAUAUUUCAGAGUUUCACUGAGGCUGAACUUCUUGUUGUUCAUUCUCUGUUGCAGUGGAUGCAAUUCCAUUCCGACUUAUUUGCCCACGGUAUCCCUUGCCAUAUUCUCGCAAAAGUGGCUGAAGAGGCGACAAUGAGACGAGGUGUCUCUCAAUACAAGUUCUAUCAUGACAAGGAGACGCUACAGGAGCUUUGUGGUUGUCUAAUUAAGAUGUUCCCGGCGACUUCGAGUGAUCUAGAUACAUACAAUACUCUUGAAGUGAACUUCGCACAUUACACUGUUCGCGAAUACCUUGACGCCAGCAGGCUUAUGCAAGAUCAUACAGCAAAACUAGCCACUAGACAAGAAAGUCUAAUGAAGCAACCCUUGAGUGCAGUCUUUGCGGAAGCGCAUAAGGUACACUUGAACACAACAGGAAUGCACAGAAUCAAAGUCUCAAACUCAAGUAGCAUUCUUGACGCUGUAUUCGGAGACUUUAACAUCUUUUGUACUAUGUGCGCCCUGUUUGCACUGAGAAUAUUAGCUCAAAGAAUUUCGGAACAUGAAACUCUGUUUGAUAUCGCUCUUGGCCUCCUUGAUCCUUCAAACGCCUGCUUCAGUACCAUCUGUACCAUACUUGACAGCAUUGAGAGGAAUUCAUUCUUUUUCAAUGACCUAAUAGACCGCAGCGAGCACUUCUGGGUAAUCAAAUGGACAGAAGCGCAAAACAGGAAGUGCAUGCAAAUGACGCACUUGAUUUACUGGACUUUCUGCAGACGCUCUACCAUGCCUGUGACCAAGAAGUUCAUAGAAGGACCAGAUCUGAAGUUACUUACUCAUGAGCAUACCAGGUUUGAGAUGACUGUCUACACGGGCUGCAAACCCAAAAAAAUGGAGAGGUAUGAAGAUUUUGAAUUUGAUGGCACUCUUAUCGAAGCAAUAGUAUCAUGCUACUUGCCCGCUAUGAAUGGACUGAGCUCACUGUUAGAAAUGACCCAAAGUCUUGUUGAUGCCUCAAAAAUUCUCCGACUAUUCAUCGGCCGUCAUGAACACGUUAGCUGUGUAACUCUGGGAACCUGUAUAGUAGAGCAACUCCUCGCAUAUGGAGCAGUCCCAAACGCUCAGUCCUACAACGUGACACCACUGCAAAUUGCCGUGCGGUAUUUGGACCUCUAUGGAAUCUUGAUUUUGUUGAAAGCGGGAGCCGACCCUAAUGAUUCAGGAAGUAAUGAGGGCGACCAAUGGAGGGAAGGAUCAUACAUGAGUCUACACAAUGAUCUUCAAGGCAAGAGUCCUCUUUACAUCUGUAGGUAUGAUGAAACGUAUAAAAUAUCUGAGAAAGCAGAAACGCGCCGUCGAGAAGUCGAAGAAAUCCUGGUCAGGUAUGGAGCCGAGGAUUCGGCGACUCAAGAGGUCGCAGGCCCGGUACACGAGUCGAUCAAACAGAGCGAUGAACCAAUCUCCGAGCAUUCUAUAUCAAUAGCACCUAUGUCAUCUCAGGCCUCAAAUUGA